UGCUGGCCUGAGGCGCAGCGCAGAGGCCCGGAGGAGACGCCCCAGCCCCUGCCGGCUGACCAUGCGGACCCUCAGCUGUGACUUGGCUGCACCACAGGCCUCGGUGUCCGUGACCCAGCGGGCAGCUGGGGGCCAGCUCCCAGAGAUGGGCCCGAGGAGGACCUGUGGGAUGACCACCCUGGAGAUAAGCCCCGGGCCAGGCUUGUACAUCCUGCCGACUACGAUUGGCUACAUCGACCAUGACUGCACCAAGGUGCUCAGUCCUGCCUACUCCCUGUCCCGGAGGCCCAGCAAAGCUCCUCCUCAGCAUGCCAGCCCGGGGCCCGUCUACCUUCUGGACCCGAAAGUCACCCGCUUUGGCCGCAGCAGCACCCCAGCCUACUCCAUGCAGGGCCGCCCCAGGUCUCGGGGUAUAGAGGUGACGCCAGGCCCUGGGUCCUACAGCCCAGAGAAGGUGCCCCCUCUGCGCCAGCGGAAGGCCCCAGCUUUCACCCUGGCCCCCCGCCUCCGGCGGAGACCCCCGGGCACAGCGGCUCCUGCCCCCAAUGCCUACACCCUGCCACCCCUCUGGGGCUCACAGAUCCUCACCAAGCCCAGGAGCCCAAGUUACAGCAUGGUGGGCCGCCCGCCCCCCGCCCGCCCCCCACAGGACCCUGCCGAGACCCCGGGCCCUGGGCAGUAUGAGAGCCCGGACCCCAACACCUACCGCCCCCGCUGGCCCGCUUUCACAAUGCUGGGGCGGCCCCGCGCCCGGCGCCCCCUGGAGGAGGCACCUGGUCCUGGCACCCACAGCCCAGAGCAGGUCACCGUGAACAAAGCCAGGGCCCCAGCGUACACCAUGGGAGGCCGCCACUCCAAGCAGGCCCCCACCACGGCUGCAGACGCCACACCCCGACGGGUGCAGCACCCCACCUGGCUGGAGGGUGUGGGCAGGCAAAGCUCUCAGAGACGCCAGAGGAGCAGGCAGGAGUCGCUCCCUCACCCUGUUCUGCGCUGAGGUCCUUCUAGGUUACAUGACCCCGUCCCUGGCUCCUAGCAGGGUGCAGGGCCAGU